UAGCUUCCCCGGUAUCCAGCCAGGGACCUCUCUUGCCUGCGUGGGCAUUUGCACAGCUCCUUCUCUCAGGCAGCUUGGCGGCCCUGGAGGAAGCUGCACCUAUGUCUGGGGAAGGAGAGAGAGCCUACAUCCCAGAUGAUUCCGACUUCAACACUUUCCGGGACCAGUGUGAAAGCCAGGAAGGCUGGAGCAGCCGGUAUAACAAGGGAGGAGUGGCAGUUUGGACCCAAAUGCAGGAGCAGAGCAAGACUGUCCAGAAAAUCAAGAUGCGUAUCGUCUGCCACGAUGUGCCUCCAGAGACGCUCUAUGAUGUUCUACAUGACACCAGUUACCGCAAGAAGUGGGACACCAACAUGAUUGAGACCCAUGACAUUGGGCGCCUGACUGUCAACGCAGAUGUUGGAUAUUACUCCUGGAGGUGCCCAAGUCCUCUGAAGAACAGGGACUUUGUUACCUUGCGCUCCUGGCUCCCGCUUGGCCAUGACUACAUGAUCAUCAACUACAGCGUCAAACAUCCAAAGUAUCCGCCCCGAAAGGACUGCGUGAGGGCCGUAUCCCUGCAGACGGGCUACUUGAUCAAGGCAACGGGCAAGAGUGGCUGCAUUCUUUACUACCUCACCCAAGUAGACCCUCGAGGUUCAUUACCAAAGUGGGUGGUGAAUAAAGCGUCUCAGUACGUGGCACCAAAGGCUAUGAAGACGAUCUAUAAGGCAGGGCUGAAGUACCCGGAGUGGAAACGGAAGCACGACCCUGGCUUCAAGCCUUGGUUGUACCCAGAACAGAACACAUUGCCCAGCAUUAGCCUAGCUGAGCUCUCCCUGCAGCACGCCGACUCCUUGGAGAACAUCGACGAGAGCGGUCUGUCGAAGCCAAGAUGAGCCUCAGUGACGAGGAGGCCUGAGGCCAGGAUCUGGAUGCACAGCUCACACCGUCCUGUGGGCUGGAUGAGGCCUUCCACCAUCCAGAGCACAGCAGCUCUCACAGA